AUGCCUUGUACAGUGAUUGUCAAUAAUAGACACAAACUGUUGAACGGAUUAACGGCUCAACAGAAGCCGAAGCACUCGUUCUCUAUCGACGCGUUGGUCGGAAGCGGCGACUCGUGUAAAGAUGGCUCGUCUUCGCGCCAGUCGUCGACACCGAGCCCUCAGUCGGAGCGCAAAAGUCUUUCGCCGCCGCAUAUGAUUGCGGGUCCGCCGCCACAGCAGCCGUCCAAACAGUCAUCACCCUUUGGGCCCUCACAUCCCAUACCUACCAGUGAUUUGUUACGUUUCAUGAAUAGUUACGGCACGACCGGUGGUCAACCGCCGCAACAGUUGCCGCACCACAUGUCGGCCGCCCAACACUUCGCGGCCGCCGCCGCCGCAGCCGCUAGUCAUCCGCACAGCCAUUCACACCAUUCAGCACCCCAUCCAUCGGCUCCGACCGCACAUCCCAUGGCCUUAUCGAUGAUGAACUCAUUGUCCAGAACUAAUCACAUGUCACCCGACUAUUACAAUAGUGGUGUCAGUUUAAAUCCAGCCUUCGGCCACUGGUCACCCUAUAUGAGACACUCACAACUCUUACCCCCAAUGCACGGUUACGAUCCGAAUAGUGUACCGAACUUUCUAUUGGGUCCGUUCCGGAAGCCUAAGCGGAUUCGGACGGCUUUCUCUCCGUCCCAACUGUUGAGACUGGAAGAGGUGUUUGAGAAGAACCAGUAUGUGGUCGGCUCUGAACGCAAACAAUUGGCCCGCGAUCUCAAUCUCAGCGAAACGCAGAUCAAAGUGUGGUUUCAAAACCGGCGGACAAAACACAAGCGCGUCAAACAUGAAGAGGACAUCAAAGGCAACGGUAUGUCAAACGGCCGCAAAUCGCAUGACAGCAGCGAAAUGAUCAGCACCGACGACGAGGACGAAGACAUCGAUCCCACACAUUACUAGUGCCCACACUUUUCCGUUAUAUUCAUCGCCU